AUGUCUCUUUCUCAACCGCCUUCGGAUGAUUACUUCCAGUUCUACAGCGACGAUCCGGUGCUGCUAGAAGCAGCGGAGCAGUUCGAUCCUUCGGGCAAGACAUCGGGCGCCCCAACCUCGCCAGCAUUGGCCGCUAGCGACCCCGAUGUCAAACCAAGCUCGCCGGAUCCAUCUCCAACUCCUCGGCCCGGUACGAUCGGUGGGUCUCCCCGUUCCAAAGACGCAGCAAGCGGCGCCCGCGACAAGAUCGCCCCAAUUGACGCCACGGACGUCGUUGUCAACCCCGGUCCCCCGGCGGCGGAGGGCUUGUCAGCAAGAGUCCCAAAGCGGCCGACGAGGGCUCUCCCGUUUGAAGACGCAGUCUUGUCGCAUGGUUUGCGACCUGUCACUCUCGAAGCUCUGUCCCGCGCUCAAAUCUUCGGGGAAUCGUUGGAAGGGCCUACUUGGUGGCUGGAUGGCGAACUGUUUGACAAGUUCGUUCUUGUCGUCAGAGUCAAACGCUGGACUUACGCCGACGGCUCCAUCCACGCGGUCAUCGUGGACGACACCCGUCUCUUCCGUGCGAUGUGGGAUGACGACACUCUCCUCCCAGCGUUGACUGACCCAGUUCCGAAGGUCGGCGAUCUGGUGAUGCUCACCGCCCGUAUCGGUUUCGGUCCACCCGGCGCCGGUUAUCCCUACGCUUCGCAUUACACCGCCCAGCAUUUCCUUCACGUCGUCAUGUUGUACGUUCAGAUUCUUUCGCCCAGAUCCGAUGCCGCUCGUAUUACCUCCGACCUUCAAGCGUACGAGCACAUCACCGGCGUAUUUGACAUCUCCACCGCUUGCGCCGCAGAAACG